GGAAGCCUGACAAUGGAUUACUUUCCACUUAUUUUCGGCUGUUUUCAAGAAAGUUUUCUUUGAUACGUUCUGGCUGUAAUUUCCUUCUGUGAUCGUAUAUUUCCUCCCAGGGAUCUAAUCGAAAGAUUCUACUUCACAACCAACAUUUUCAAGAUCAGAAACACCGUCGAAUUCGGACGAAAAAUCGACGACUCUACACAGACCUUUUCUCAUGCAGUCUAUUUUGCUGGUUCAAGAGUAAUCUCUCAUCUUGAAAAUGAAAACGAAUAAACCUGCUCAAAAUAGGGUUCCUGCCAUCAAUAAUGUAGCUGCUAAAGAGGCACCAUCCCCAAAACCUGCAAAAGUUGCUAAGGCAGAGAAGGCCUGCAAGCCUGCAAAUGUAAAAGUUGUUGAUGUUGUCCUGAAGCAGUCUACAGAGAAAAACCCUCCUAACCCACAACAGAAUGCUGAGGUCAAAGCUUUAUCCAAAGCGAAUUCCCCCAUCGCUGCUCAGUCACCAACCACCUGCCAGCUGGCACCUAAACAACCUCCCACCGUCUGUCAGCAGCCUCAAAAGCAGCCCUCCACCAAAGUUCCACCCCCUUCCAACCCAGCAGUUUCUCCUAACCCUCCACUUCCCACCAUCCCACCACCUAUAAAUAAUGCUCAACCUCUCACCAACUCAUCACCUUCCUCCACUCCUCAACCUACCACCAAUCCCCCACCGUCAGGUAAAUCCUCCAUCCCUACAUCGCCCUCUGUUCCCCCUUCAUCUACUACUUCCUCGUCAUCCACCGUCCCCCCAUCCACGAAUGUUCCUGCAUCGUCCAUUGUUCCCCCUUCUUCCAAUGUUCCUGCAUCGUCCACUGUUCCCCCAUUAGCCACCAUUCCCCCACCUGCCGCUGUUCCUCCAUCAGUCACUGCUCCCCCAUCAGCCACUGUUCUACCAACCCCCAUCGUUCCCUCAACUGCCAAUGUUCCUGCAACUGCCACCGUUUCCCCAGCCUCCACAGUUAUCCCAUCCCCCGCAAACCCCCCACUCACCACUAAUUCUCAACCUUCCACGAACGCAUCAGCUAGCCCUCAACCCAUCACAACUCAACCUCCCAGCCAACCCCAGCAGGUUGCUGUAAAUGUAGAUAAUGCACCCGGGAAAUCUGAUGUCUCUCGUGUCAAUAACCCGUCAAUUUCAAAUAAUGAGCCUUGCACUCAGCAAGGAUUGGCUAGUAACGUAGCCCAACAGACUGAAGCAAAGACUCCUUUGACAAAUGUCCAGGCUGUGACCAACCAAACUCAGUGUCAACUAAAUGGACUUCCAGCAGGUCCUCAGAUGCCUCAGACAGUGCCACUGGUGAAUAAUCAUGUUCCAGUCCAGGCAGUACCUCUCCCGCCAGCUCCAGUGGCUCCUCCUGCUACUAUUCCAGUCCCAGCAAAGGUACAUAAACACAAAGAUGAGAAGCACAAAAAAGAAGACAAGAGUGUUACUCAUGUGUUAAAAGCCUUAAAUAGCCUGAACACAACAGAAGAGAAACUGGCUGCCUUGUGUAAAAAAUAUGCAGAUAUGUUCGAUGAAAAUCGUAAGCUCCAGUUAUUGGUGAAGCAAUCUGAAAAGAAGGUUCAACUCAUCCACCGAGAAAAAGAGCAGCUUCAAUCUGAGCACAGUAAAGCAAUCUUAACUCGGAGUCGUCUGGAGAGCCUAUGUCGAGAACUUCAGAAGCAGAACAAAGCAAUUAAGGAGGAGAGCAUAGCAAAAAUGCGUGAAGAGGAAGAGAAACGGACUGAAAUAUCACAGAAGUUCCAAAACACGCUGAGUGAGAUAACUACCUUAAUGCAGCAGAACAAUGAGAAGAACAAUAAACUGCGAGAUGACAAUGUGGAUAUGACAUCAAGGCUCAAAUCUGUGUGCGAGCAGUAUCAGUUAAGAGAACAGCAAGUUGAAAAACUGGGGAAGCAAAUGGAAUUGGAGGUUCAGUUGUGUGAUGCAAAAUUGGCCAAGGCAAAAAUGGAAAUGACAGCUGAAAAAGAAAUCCUCCUACGUGAGAAACAACAGCUUUUACUGGAGCUAACAACCUACCAGAAUCGUUGUCAGGAGCUGCAAGGUAUUGAAGUUGAUCUGAGAAGUCAAAUAGCUCUCUAUAAUGACAAGUAUGAUGAAUUCCAGCAGGCGCUCUCAAAAUCUAGCCAGGUUUUCUCUGGAUUCAAAGUCGAAAUGGAAAAGAUGUCGAAAAAAAUCACAAAACUCGAGAAAGAGACUUCAACAUGGAAAAAGCGUUGGGAACAGAGUCAUCAAGCUGUAUUAGAAAUGGCUGUAGACAAACAGGUCUCUGACCAGGAACUGAAGAAGACCAGUCGACAAUUACAAGCUUUGCAAAGUCUUUGCCGUACUCUACAGACAGAGAGGACACAACUCUUAGCGACUGUUAAAAAGUUAACUGGAGGAGGUGAACUAAGUGAAGCAGAGAAGUUGGUCAACACAGAAAAUGGUCCCGAAGCGGUCGAAUCUCUCAUGACUAAGAUUGAAAAUGAGUGUGAUUCUGAGGCCAAACAAGAAGCCACACUACCAAGCGUUAAAGACUCCAUACCCAAUAACACAAGCCCCUCCCUGCCAACCGCUGAUUUAUCACAAACUACUCCAGUGGACCAGAAAGCCUCCAAAAACCGAGCGAACGCCAAAUCUAAAUCUGCAAAUCAAUGCGAAGUCAAAACAGAAACCACAAGCAUCACUGAUUCCCUAGCGAGCAUUGAAGAAAGUUGCAAAUCUGUCGGCUCCUUGGUUUCCGAUGGUCCUGCAGACAAGUCUCCCAGUCAAACUAAGACCGACAGCAGCACUGAGGCUGCGUCUGUCGAGUCGAAGGACUCGAUUAAGAAAGAGGCCUCUGCUCCAGUUCCUGAACAAAGUGAUGUUGGUAGUGAACAGAAAUCACCCGCUCCACCUGCAGCACCUUCUGAUGCCAAAGUUGACGAGGGGAAACCAGUCGAAGAUCUGAAAGUUGAAGCAUCAUUGCCUGCUAAGUCAGAUCCACAAGUGGAGAAAAAAACUGAGGUUGUAAAUAAUUCUUUACAAGCUGCUUCGCAGGAAUGCUGCUCACUUAAAUCUUGUGAUAAGAAAGAUCCAAAACUAGUCCCCGAACAAAAAAAGAAGGAACCUGCCAAGAAACGAAAAAAGUAGAAGACUGCAAAUGAUGGUAAUGGUAAUAUGUUACUAGUAGUAAAUCCAACAACUGCGUUUUGGGAAGUUGUAUGCUUCACUGGCUCCUGGUGUAUACUUACUUGCUUCUUUUCCUCAUAAAACAGAAGAAUAUCUUGAGCAAUUUUACGGUUUGUUAUUUUCUAUCUUUGUCUGAAAAAAAUGAAGAAACAAAAAUCUUUUUAAUUAUGUAAAGCUAUCAAUUGAAAACAUUUUGAAAAUGGAAACAGGCAUAGCGGAGAUUUUUUAAACAUUUAAUUAUUUCCAGGGAUUUCAAUGCAGCUCUGAAGAACUCGAAAACUGUGUUAUUCCUUCCAAAUCGAUUCCUUUUCCUUUAGUUAUCUGCAAAAAGAGUCAAUUUGAUUAUGUAAAAAUGCCCGUACUCUCAGUUGAUUAUAAGACUCUUUGUAUUCUGUUCUUAAUUUUUAUGUAAUUAUCGUUUUACUCAAUCAAGACUUAACCUUUCAUUGUUUUAUGUUUGCAUAAUUUCAUUUUAGAAUUUUAAUUUUAGCACCUCAGCUUUUAAGUCCGACCAAUAUUAAAAAAAAAUCAAUUUUUAGAGCCUGUUUAAAGAAAGAAAGAAAUUGUGGACCGCAUGAAAAAAAAAAUUCUCUUUUUUUUUAAAAAAAUCUGAAAGAAAAUUUUUCCUCUAUUUAAUUUAUUUAGUCGUCUUCUUCAAUUCCAAUGCGGAUGUUUUGUUGAAAAAGUCAAGCAUAAACUUUUAAGUAAAAUCAAUUUGAGCUUAAGCUCAAUAGCCUUAUAGAUGCAAAAUUUUGUAGUUUCGUACCAACAAACUUUCUGUAGAACAGCAAAUAAGAGUACAAUGGGUGCAAUCUCAGCUAGAUGCAUGCCAUCAUAUUUUCACUAGGAAAUGGUUGUAAUAAGCUCUUAUGUACUUUUUAAGUUUUUUAAUUUCGAGUUUUCACCAGUGAAACUGCAAAAAGCAUGUCUAAGACGCAUGAUCCUCUUUUUAACUAUCUUAAAAUCUGCGUAUGAGUAAGGAUCAGGAAUGAUCCUCUUUUUAACUAUCUUAAAAUCUGCGUAUGAGUAAGGAUCAGGAAUGUGUAGGACUCGUUGGAAAUUUUGAUUACUGCCUUUUUACAACCUCUGUUUUUAAAUUUGUCUAAGGAUCCGUGUUGCCUUUUUAGUUAGAUUAUUCACAACUUAAUGUUUUAUAUUCGAAUUGUUAAUUAAUAGCCUCCUCGUUCCAGUAUCAUUAAGAGCUCCAUUCAGUGAUGACUAGAUUCUGCUUUGUCUAUUGAUUUUGCUGAUCGCUUUAUUUUCAUACGAUGGAUUCAUUUUAGCUUGAUUUUUUACGACAAUUUUCGUGCUGAAAAUUUGUUGGUUCCUUUUUUUUUGUUCCCCCGUUAGACAACUACGUAGCAUUGGUAAAUUAUCUUAUUUUACUGUAUUAAAAUUGUUGAUUUUUACAUUUUUCUCGUUUUCGUUUCUGUUAGGUUUGCUCACUACAUCUAAUUGUCAAAAGAAUUGUGAACUGGUUUCUUGAAUUGUUUCUUUUACUUUUUGUAACAAAUAAAGAAAAAUUUCGGCUUAUU